AUGGCGUCCCGGAUGAACAGUCUGCAAAUUGAACCUACCUUUACAGAUGAUAUCGAGAUCUGGAUUCUUGGGAGCGGCAUCGCCUCGCUCACAUCAGCAGUACACUUAAUCCAGGAAGCUAAAAUCGCUCCACAACGAAUCCACAUCAUUGAGAAGCUAGAAAAAGCUGGCGGAGGAUCCGCCAGCACGGGAGAUCCAGUAAAUGGAUACGACUAUCGCGCCGGCGCAAUGCCGGCAUUCAAUAACAUUUACAUGGAGAAGCUUCUAUCCAUGGUGCCUUCGAGUUCAAACCCGAAGAAGACCACGUUGGACGACAUUUGCGAGUUUAGCCGCUCAAAAACACCCCAUAAAGGCCCGAACACCCGAAUUCUCUCACGAAAGUCCUCCGGACUGGCAAGGACUGGCCCGAAUAAACUGGGAGUAGCAUUGAGAGACCGCAUAGCUUUGUAUAUGCUGUCUUCAAAGACGGAACAGGCUCUAGGACGAUCUCGUAUCCAGGAUCACUUUCACUCGAGCUUUUUUCAAAGCAAUUAUUGGUUGGUACUGGCUACCACUUUCGGCAUCGAACCAAGCCAUAGCGCCGCCGAAUUCCGUCGAUAUGUACAUUGGUUCAAAAUCGGCAAACACGAAUUGAACCAUCUACGUCCGCUCGAUAACGGGCAGUAUAACCGCCACGAGUCCAUCAUAGUACCGAUCGCUUGGUUUCUUCAGUCUAGCGGAGUAGACUUCCGCUUCGGAACCACUGUUACGGAUAUCAUCCUUGAACCCGGAACUAAUCGGCGUGUUACCUCUAUCCGUGCGAUCAAAGGCAAUAACCCGGAGAUGAGCAUUGACGUCGGGACCAGAGAUGUCGUGAUUGUAUCCUUAGGCUCAGUGAUAUCUGGCGCAACAAGCGGAACAAAUACCGAGCCACCCUACAUCGAGAUUAGCUGUCCCGAGAAAGACCUGGAUGAAAACUGGCUGUUGUGGCUAGAAUUAUCGACAAAAGACACAAAGUUCGGUAACGCGUACAAUUUCUGCACGCGGAUGGGCGAGUCCAGACAGGAGUCAUUCACUGUGACGCUCAAGAGCCCAGAGUUCUUCAGCCGCUUCACCGAGUUGACUGGCGACCCACCGGGGUCCGGGGUAUUCGUCACCCUUAAAGAUAGCACUUGGCUGCUCAGUCUCAAGAUCCCGGACCAACCUAUGUUUCCUGACCAGCCGGCAGACGUUCAGGUGUUCUGGGGUUAUGCAGUGUUCCCGGAACGAAAAGGAAAUUUUAUCCAAAAACCCAUGCUCGAGUGCUCGGGUAAGGAAAUCAUGACGGAGAUUUUGUACAAUUUGCAAUUCCCGCUGGAACCAAUUCUCAACGAAUCAAUCACUAUUCCUUGUGUGGUGCCGCGUAUGGCGGCACCAUUUUUGCCAAGGGAACACGGUGAUCGGCCACCGGUUAUUCCUGAAGGAGUGACGAAUAUGGCGCUCAUUGGGCAAUUUGUGGACAUUCCAGAUGAAAUUGUUGGGACCAUGGAUUAUUAUGUGAGAGGAGCGCAGAUAGCGGUGCGCCAGUUGAUGGGGUUAGAUCGAGAUGCGACGCUGAUGGAUGACUUUUGUAACUAA